UGCACCGGCGGGCGGCCCGCGGUCCCUCGGCGGCUCCGGCAUCCAGGGCGGCGCGGGAGGGAGGGACGAUGAACCUGGAGCGGCUCAGGAAGCGAGUGCGCCACUACAUCGACCAGCAACAGUAUCAAAGUGCCCUGUUUUGGGCUGACAAAGUAGCUUCACUCUCUCAUGAGGAACCACAGGAUAUCUACUGGUUGGCCCAAUGCCUUUACCUAACAGCUCAGUAUCACAGGGCAGCACACGCCCUUCGAUCACGGAAGUUGGAUAAGUUGUAUGAGGCAUGCCGCUACCUUGCAGCUAGAUGUCAUUAUGCUGCAAAAGAGCAUCAACAGGCCUUGGAUAUUCUUGAUAUGGAGGAGCCAAUCAACAAACGACUUUUUGAAAAGUACUUGAAGGAUGAAAGUGGCUUGAAAGAUUCUACCACAGACUGGGAGAUGUCACAGUCCUCAAUCAAGAGCUCUAUAUGCCUUUUACGAGGGAAGAUCUAUGAUGCUUUGGAUAAUAGAACCCUGGCAACUUACAGCUACAAAGAGGCCUUGAAGCUGGAUGUUUACUGCUUCGAAGCAUUUGAUCUUUUAACGUCACACCAUAUGCUGACAGCACAAGAAGAAAAAGAACUCCUUGAAUCUCUACCUCUUAAUAGACAAUGUACGGAAGAAGAGCAGGAGUUGCUUCACUUUUUAUUUGAGAAUAAAUUGAAAAAGUACAAUAAACCCAGUGAAACACUGAUUCCUGAAUCAGUAGAUGGUCUUCAGGAAAACCUGGAUGUGGUAGUAUCCCUAGCAGAAAGGCAUUAUUACAACUGUGACUUCAAAAUGUGUUAUAAGCUUACUUCAGUAGUGAUGGAAAAAGAUCCCUUCCAUGCAAAUUGUUUACCUGUACAUAUAGGGACACUUGUGGAGCUUAACAAAGCAAAUGAACUUUUCUAUCUUUCUCACAAACUGGUGGACUUGUACCCAAAUAAUCCUGUGUCAUGGUUUGCAGUAGGAUGCUAUUAUCUCAUGGUUGGCCACAAAAAUGAACAUGCUAGAAGAUAUCUCAGCAAAGCUACUACCCUGGAGCGAACCUAUGGCCCUGCAUGGAUAGCAUAUGGACAUUCAUUUGCAGUGGAGAGUGAGCAUGAUCAAGCAAUGGCUGCAUACUUCACAGCUGCACAGCUCAUGAAAGGGUGUCAUUUGCCCAUGCUCUAUAUUGGACUGGAAUAUGGUUUGACCAACAACUCUAAGUUGGCUGAACGGUUUUUCAGCCAAGCUUUAAGCAUUGCACCUGAAGAUCCUUUUGUUAUGCAUGAAGUUGGAGUGGUAGCAUUUCAAAAUGGAGACUGGAAAACUGCAGAAAAGUGGUUCCUUGAUGCACUGGAGAAAAUCAAAGCUAUUGGAAAUGAGGUAACAGUUGAUAAGUGGGAGCCUUUAUUGAACAACUUAGGACAUGUCUGCAGAAAACUCAAGAAGUAUGAAGAAGCACUGGAAUACCAUCGCCAGGCUCUGGUGUUAAUCCCUCAGAAUGCUUCUACUUACUCUGCCAUUGGCUACAUACACAGCCUCAUGGGCAAUUUUGAAAGCGCCAUUGACUAUUUCCACACGGCCCUUGGUCUCAGGCGGGAUGACACAUUUUCUGUCACAAUGCUCGGACACUGCAUAGAAAUGUACAUUGGUGAUUCUGAAGCCUAUAUUGGAACAGAGAUCAAAGACAAAUUAAGAUGUUAUGACUUUGAUGUACACACAGUGAAGACAUUAAAGAACAUAAUUUCACCUCCCUGGGAUUUCAGAGAAUUCGACAUAGAAAGACAAACUCUGGAUGAAAGUGGCAUAGUAACAUUAGAGACAUCAAAUCAAAGGAAAAGUACAGAUACCAGUCGCCCAUUGGAAGAAACAUUUGAGAUUGAAAUGAAUGAAAGUGAUAUGAUGUUAGAAACAUCAAUGUCAGACCACAGUACGUGACCAUAAAUACUGGUAGAGAGCUCAUUUUGUCUAAGUGUACUAUGUUUGUUUUAGCAUCUUUGUUAUGGUGUUGUACUUUCAUGAAUUUGCUAUUUUUUUAUAUGAAUUCAGACUAUGUACUUAA